AUGGUAGUUAUUCGAGAAGUUUGGUACAAUUGCCCUACCAAACUCACCCCUAGAAAAGACUACCACUCACUUGAAAUUCAUAAACCAAGAGCUUCUCCUGCCUCAAUGGCGGACCCAACAGUAAUACAAGACAUCGAUUAUGUCAAGGAUAAGGUUGUCAACUUUAAAGAAGAAGGGAGAGUCAAAGAUCAUCAAAAGGGCCCCACAUAUUCGUUGUCUGCUCCUCCUAGCACUUCAUCAAGUAACAGAAAGAGCAAGAUGGUGGGAUUUGAGGAGGAGUUGAUCCAACUUUUGGAUGUUCUCACCGCACGACAGUCGAGUCUGCAAAUCAUCCCUAUCGUGGGCAUGGGCGGCAUUGGUAAGACUACUCUUGCUAGAAAUGCUUAUGAACAUCGAUUAAUUGUGAAUCACUUUGAUAUUCGUGCUUGGGCAACAAUAUCUCAAGAGUACAGUUUGACAGAAAUAUUUUCAACACUUUUUUCUCCCCAAAUUAGCAGUCAAUCUACUGAUGAACAACAAUUAGCACAACAGUUGUAUCAAAGUCUAAUAGAUAGGAGAUAUUUGAUUAUAUUGGACGAUAUCUGGAGUAUCAAUGCUUGGGAAAAGAUGAUGUUUUUCUUUCCAGAUAACAACAAUGGAAGUCGAAUUAUCCUAACCACUAGGCUGUCAAAUGUUGCUGUUCAUUUUGGCUCGACAUUCCUUACAAAGAAAUUUCUAGAUAAAGAUAAAAGUUGGAAGCUAUUUUGCGAAAAGGCAUUUCCACAUGAAGGUUGUUGUCCUCUUGAAUUAGAGAAAAUUGGAAAGAAAAUUGCUACAAAAUGUAAAGGGCUUCCUUUAUUAAUUGUUGUGAUUGGAGGAUUUCUUAGGAAGUCUUCUAGGACACAAGAAUUAUGGGAGGAUAUUUCAAAUGAUAUAAGUUUGAUCCCGAAUAUAAGAGAGGAAGAGCAAAACUUAGACAUAUUAUCUUUGAGUUAUAAGCACUUACCUGUCCAUUUAAAACCGUGUUUUCUUUACAUGGGAAUUUUUCCAGAAGGCCGUGAGAUUAAUGUCUCCAAACUCAUCAAACUUUGGAUUGCUGAUGGAUUUAUAAAACCAAAUAAAACUCAGAGUUUGGAAGAGGUUGCAGAGUGUUAUUUAAAGGAUCUUGUUGAUAGGAAUCUCCUUUUAGUUGGUAGGUUGGGGUGGAAUGGAAAAAUUAAAACGUGCACAAUUCACGAUCUUUUAAGAGACUUAUGCAUAAAGGCAUCUCAGAAAGAGAAGUUUCUUUAUUUGAUCCGGAGUUAUGACAGUCCAUUACGUAUAAUUAAGGAGCGUCGCAUUUUAUUUCCUAAACAAAUCACAGCGGUAAAUUGUGAGCAUCCACUCUUUCAUAUUCUUGAGUCAGCACCGCUCCUUACUCGCACUUUGUUGGGUAAUGGAGGUCGGCUACCGUUUAAUUUCAGAUUGUUGAGAGUACUGAAUGCGGUUGAUAUGACUUUUUCUCCAACUGAUAUUCUGAAGCAUGUUAACUUGCGCUAUUUCCCAAAACACUUUCAUAUUUCUCGUGAACUUUCUUGGUCAAUAAUGUCUCUACUCUGGAAUGUGCAAACAUUGAAAAUUGAUGGUGGACCACGAUUUGUUGCACCGAUUGAAAUUUGGUCAAUGCCACAACUUAGGCAUUUGGAAUCCACACAUGGGAUGUAUCUUCCAGAUCCUCCUUUAAGAAGCCAAGAAAUUGAUGAUGUCAUUGUUCUGAAAAACUUGCACACAUUUAAGGGAGCAGUGAACUUGAAGUUGAGUGAAGAGGUCUGCAAGAGAAUCCCCAAUAUUAAGAAAUUGAAGUUAUUGUACCCAGAUUUGGCGAAAAGAUUGUGUUACAACCAUCUCUACAAUAUUGUCAUGUUACAUAAACUCGAAUACCUAGAUUGUCAGUUUGGCAUCUCAUCAAAAUUUUCGGUGCUCCAAUUCUCAAUGCAAAUGUUAAAAUAUAUUGCGUGUUCAACUCCACGAUCACUAGGGAACCUCAAAUAUCCGACUUCACUCCAGAGGUUGAUCUUAUGGCAUAGCGAUCUUGAGUGGAAAGAUAUGACAGCGAUAGGUUCGUUGCCAGAUCUUGAAGUUCUCGAAUUGGGAUAUGAUUCAGUGAGAGGAUCGAAGUGGAACCCUGUUGAGGGGGGAUUCAUUCGACUCAAAUACCUAAGUAUCCGCUACUUGGAACUCAAAUAUUGGAAUUCGGAGAGGGUUCAUUUUCCAAUCCUCGAGAACCUUAUUCUUUAUCAAUUGCACGAACUGGAGGAGAUUCCUUUAGGUAUAGGGGAAAUAACUACACUUGGCCUUAUUGAUGUGGAUAACUGCAAUGAGUCUACUGCAGUGUCAGCAGUGAGAAUACUGGAGGAGCAAGAGAGUCUUGGAAACGAGGAUCUUCGAGUUCGAAUUCACUUUUCGGAGGAAAACCAAUUUGAGAGGUUCAAGGAAAAGGUGGCCAAUUUUGAGUGCUUCAAUAGCAAUAAUUUACAACUCUUUUACUAUCAUCAUCUUGAUUGUUCUAUUGAAUCCAGUGAAAAUAGCUUCUUUCAUCUUCGACAAUUCCUGGAUGAUGAUUUCUCUUUAGACAUUUGAGAAAUACCAACAUUGGAUCAGUGUUCAAGGUUGUAAUUGCAAUUUUUUUUUUUUUUUUUGUCAAAAUUUGAAGAAUUUUUUUCACCUUCAUUACAAAUUUGUAUUUUAUUGGUGUCUUUCUUAUUGUUUAUUUUGUAUUUUCUUUCAUCUUCUAAUAUUAGCUUAUUAAGCCUCAUUUGGUUGUGGAGAUUUGUUAUUAUUAACUAAAAAUGAUUGG